UCUGCCAAGAUGGCCGCGCCCUGAACAGAGGGGAUGUAGGUAGUUGUGCAGGGCACUUCAAAUGACAGUUUAGGAGCUGCAGGGUACAACUGACAUCUCCAACGAGAGAGAGAGAGCAGCAUCUGUGAAGCCCUGCGCCCCCUCAGCUCUUCCAACAUGAACAAGGACGAUUUAAUACUUCCCAAAGAUUUCCCCCAGCUCCAGAACGAUACAUUCCUGCGAGCAGCCCGUGGAGAAGAGACGGAGCAUGUCCCGGUGUGGUGCAUGAGACAGGCUGGACGAUACCUGCCAGAGUUUCGGGAGUCCAGAGCAGGGAAGGAUUUCUUUGAGACAUGUCAGACACCGGCGGCCUGCUGUGAACUCACACUACAGCCCCUGAGACGUUUCCCCUUCGAUGCUGCCAUCAUUUUCUCUGACAUCCUGGUUGUCCCACAGGCCAUGGGUAUGGAUGUCCAGAUGGUGGCAGGUAAAGGUCCCACGUUCCCCGAGCCCCUGAAGGAGCCUGAGGACCUGCAGCGCCUGCGGGUCAAAGUGGACGUCGGCAAGGAGCUGGGCUACGUCUUCAAGGCCAUCACGCUCACCAGACACAAGAUAGAGGGCAAGGUGCCACUCAUAGGCUUCACUGGAGCCCCGUGGACGCUGAUGUCCUACAUGAUCGAGGGCGGGGGGUCCAACACUCACUCGAAGGCGAAGCGCUGGCUGUACCGGCACCCCGAGGCCAGCCACAUGCUGCUGAGGAUGCUGACUGAUGUUAUAGUGGAGUAUCUGCUGGGCCAGGUGGCGGCUGGAGCUCAGGCUCUGCAGGUAUUUGAGUCCCACGCUGGCAUUCUGGGCCCGGUCGAGUUUAAGGAGUUUGCUCUGCCAUACCUCCGAGACAUCGCACGCCGGGUCAAAGACAAGCUCAAGGAGGCAGGGCAAGAUGUUCCCAUGAUUGUAUUUGCGAAGGACGGCCACUACGCUCUUGAAGACCUGUCUCAGUCUCACUACGAGGUGGUCGGGUUGGACUGGACUAUUGACCCACAAUCGGCACGGGAGCGUACGGGAGGGAAGGUCAGCCUGCAGGGGAACAUGGACCCUUGUGCUCUAUACGCUCCUAAGGAGCGCAUUUCAGACAUCGUGAAGAAAAUGCUGGAAGGUUUCGGUACGAGGGCCUACAUAGCCAACCUAGGCCACGGCCUGUACCCCGACAUGGACCCGGAGAGCGUGGGCGCCUUCGUUGAAGCCGUGCACACACACUCGCGUCAAAUGAUCAAGCAAAAGUAAAGAUGAAUGUUUGCAAAAAAUAAGAUUGUGUGUAUGUGUGGACAGCAGCAGUGUAUGAGCCAAAAAAAGACUCUCCAAGGUCAAAUCAGUCAUGAAAUAUAUUCUUCUAAUGUUGAACUGUCUCAUCUGUCAGCCAAAAUAAAAAUAACAACAAAGGUCAGUUUCACAGGUAAAAUAGUUUGGCAAGACAGUAAAAACAAACGGCAACACUGUUUUCUCAUCGAUGAAAGUAUUUGAAGAUAAACAGGAGGUUGGUUUUCCAAGAAAAGAUUUGAUAUUAAUCCAUAACAUGUUAGUGUAUGAAAUCUUUUCAGGAAGGGAUUAUUUGUUUGGGAUGGACAUGGAUGACACAGCUCUUGUAAGUAGAAAUGAUUAAAUACAUCUGCCAUUAUAAGGUCAAAACAGUAGAAAUGCAAUUUGAUAUUUAUUUGACUGAUUGAAAAUAUGCUCUUAAAGAGUUCAAAUUGGAGAUGAAGAAUGAGGAUAUUCUCUGUCCCAUUAAACCUCAAAAUACAGGCGUGUUUAACUCCAGUACUACUGAAUGUAGGCAAACCCUUACAGAGCCUCCACACAUCCGUGCAAGGAUGUGUGGAGGCACAUAAAGCACAUUGAAUUUUACAGUGAAAGAAAAAAAACAAUCCAAUAUAUCACCUUUAUUUUAUUGCUGAAGUAAAAGCCAGGGACUAGGCCAGUGUGUUUUAACACGGGACGCCGUGCUGUUGUUACAAUUCAGUCUUUAAGGGAAACGUCGGGAAACGUCGGGAAACGUCAGGAAACAGCCGUCUGCCGGCCUGCCAUCCCACAUCCCAGUCACCAACAAAUCCUUCCGCCUUUGGACAUGUCAGGAUGAAGUUCCAGUCGAUAGAAAAUCCUCUAUACAGUUUCCCUUAUGCUGUUUUCAUAUUUUGUUGUUCAAGCUAAAUCUGUUUUUGUGUUGCUUUUUGAAAUUUCAUCAGCUCAAAUGCACCAAAGGAAAAAAGUGGUUUAUGAAGGGAAUUACAUGGUGAUCUUCUUGAGCUGACAAAGAUGAUUACUGCUGCACAGCAGCGAUUUUUCUGAAUAUUAAAAUCUGACAGACGUCAUACGUCAGACUGGCGUUUGACUAUAUGUUUGUAUAUUUAGCUUUAAUUUCUAUGUAGUGAAACACUGACUACAUUUUAAUGAAGACUGCCUUCAUGUUGCCUUUAUGUCAAAUAAACAAGUCAGGUAGAAUGUAAGGUCAGUUUCUCAUGUUUUUAUAUUUUAUUAAUGGAGUUUAAAUUGAUUUUUUUUCUUAUUAUUUUAAAAUACACU